AGCAGCGACGCUUUCUAUCUUUUAUCACGAUUGACCCGCGCAACUCGCGUGAGACGAGCAAACUAAUUAAGACGACAACCAUCUGAGACGCAAUGAGUGUUGACGUGAAGAAACUGAAAGUCAAUGAACUAAAAGAGGAGCUCCAGCGCCGCGGCCUGGACACCAAAGGCCUGAAGGCAGAGCUGGCGGAUCGGCUGAACGCCGCGCAGGAGGCUGACUCUCCGGGUGAUCCCUCAGACCGGGCGGAGCGGGAGGAGCGGGAAGGUCCGGACGUCAGAGAAAUCGAUGAGGAUGAAGAGGAGGAAGAACCAGAGCAACUGGAUGCAGAAGUAGCCGAGGACAAUGGUGCAGGUGACGAUGAUAAUGAUGAAGGUGAAGGCGAUGAUGAUCGUGCUGAAGGCGAUAAUGAUCAAGGCGACGGUGAAAAUGUUGCCCCUCAAGAGGAAGAUGAGGGUCGAGAUUCAGGUGGUUACUAUGAGGACGAGGAGGCAGAAGGUGAGCCCUAUGAGAGUCGUCCAGCUUCAGUCUCGGGUCACAGCAUGCCUGACCUGCCACCAGAUCUCGACGCACAGAAACCCAACAUGUCAGAGGAACAAUCCAAGCCAGAGCCCGAGCCGGGGGAACAAGAUGUAAACAAACCAGAAAUGAAAGUGGAGGUCAAAAUGGAAGACGACCCUAGAGCUGAUGAAGACACAAAGCAUGACAGCCACGGGACACAACAGCAGGACGGCCAAGAUGGCGAACCUCAGGCUGAAGAAAUCAAAGUGGAAGCUGAUAAAAGUGGCAGCCAAGGCCGCAAGAGACCACACGAGGAGAGCAGGAGCUACAGCUACUACGAGCAUCGCGAGGAGAAGCGAUCCCGCACGCCUCAGCCCCCUGCAGAAGAUGAGGAGGAGAACAUAGAUGACACUCUUGUUACAAUUGAUACGUACAACUGUGAUCUGCAUUUCAAAGUGUCACGAGAUCGCUACAGUGGGUAUCCACUGACCAUCGAAGGCUUUGCCUACCUGUGGGCUGGAGCCCGGGCCACACAUGGUGUCAUGCAGGGCCGUGUAUUUUAUGAGAUGAAGAUCAAUGAGGAGAUUCCUGUGAAGCACCUGCCCAGCAGUGAGCCAGAUCCCCAUGUGGUCAGAAUUGGAUGGUCUCUGAACCACUGCAGCACUCAGCUUGGCGAGGUGCCCCUUUCCUUUGGAUAUGGAGGAACAGGAAAGAAAUCUGUAGACUGCAAGUUUGCAGACUUUGGCGAGAAGUUUGGCGAGAACGACGUCAUCGGCUGUUACAUUGACUUUGACACUGGUGAAGAGGUAGAGUUGAGCUAUUCCAAGAAUGGAGUCUCACUGGGUGUAGCUUUCCGGACAACCAAGGAGAAGCUGGCAGGCCGUGCCCUGUUCCCUCACGUUCUGGUGAAGAAUUGUGCUGUUGAGUUCAACUUUGGUCAGAAGCCGCAGCCGUACUUCCCCCCACCAGAGGGAUACACCUACAUCCACAAUCUAGGAAUGGAGGAUAAGAUCAGAGGCACAAAGGGACCUGCCAUUAAAUCUGAAUGCGAGAUCUUGAUGAUGGUCGGCCUGCCUGCCUGUGGAAAGACCACCUGGGCCAUUAAGUAUGCUGGGACUAACCCCGAGAAGAAGUACAACAUCCUGGGCACAAAUGCCAUCAUGGACAAGAUGAAGGUCAUGGGUCUGCGUCGCCAGAAAAACUACUCCGGCCGCUGGGACGUUCUGAUCCAGCAGGCCACCCAGUGUCUGAACCGGCUGAUUGAGAUCGCUGCCCGCAAGAGACGCAACUACAUCCUAGACCAGACAAAUGUAUAUGGAUCAGCAAGGAGACGAAAAAUGCGUCCUUUUGAAGGUUUUCAACGCAAGGCUAUUGUAAUUUGUCCCACGGACGAGGAUUUAAAAGAACGAACAUUAAAGCAAACCAAUGAGCAGGGGAAGGAUGUGCCCGAUCAUGCUGUUUUAGAAAUGAAAGCCAACUUUACUCUCCCUGAGGCUUGCGACUUCCUGGAGGCGGUGACAUUCGCUGAGCUGCAGUCCGACGAGGCUGAAAGUCUGCUAAAGCAGUACAAUGAGGAGGGUCGCAAGGCUGGCCCGCCCCCUGAGAAACGCUUUGACAACAGGCAGGGCGGGUUCCGCGGCCGCGGCGGUGGUGGCGGCAGCGGCGGUAACGGUGGCAGCGGUAGCUUCCAGCGAUAUGACAACCGCGAUGGAUCCCGCGGUGGCUACCAGAACCGUGGAGGAGACGGAGGCAGCGGGUACAGAGGAGCAAGCUACAAUCGUGGCAGCUAUAACCAAAACCGUUGGGGCAGCAGCUACCGCGACGGAGGCGGCGGCGGCGGCGGCGAUGCCCGUGGGAGUUAUAGCCGCAGCCAGCCGUCAGGAGGAAGCUACAAUCGCCCGGCCUCUUACAACAAGGGAGCAUACAGCCAGAGCUACAGCCAGAGCUACAGUCAAGGGUACAACCCUAGCAGCUACAACCAGAGUUACUACGGCAACUACAGUCAGUACCCGGGAUACAGCCAGAGCUACAGCCAGACACCUGCAGCUGCACAGACUUACAACCACCACCAGCAACAACCGCAGCAGCAGCAACAACAGCAACAGCAGCAGCCACAACAACAACAGCAACCACAGCAACCGCAGCAACCGCAGCAGCAACAGAGCUACAACCAGCAAUAUCAGCAGUAUGCUCAGCAGUGGCAGCAGUACUACCAGAACCAGAACCAGUGGAACCAGUAUUACAGCCAGUAUGGCGGCUACCCUGGACAGGGCAGCCAGGGCUCAUCUGGUUCCCAGUAGCUUCGGUCUGCAUCUGUACCUGCGUUCCACCUGUGUCCUAAACUGACCUCUGCAGCAAAUAGAUUUUUGUACAGUCUCACAACCAUCCCUGUCUCUGUCUGGGUUCACACAGUAGCCUUCAUUCCGCACCAAUCAAUAUACACACAAACUGUUACCAGUUUGCUGUGGUUUCUUUUCUUCUUUUUUUACUGAAUGAAGUCUUACUCUACGCAGUGACCGUGAGGUGGUGGAUGAUAGGUAUCAAAACAUCUAACGAAUGUUAUCUAUUAUGCAUUUAAUGUGGGCGACUGUUGACCUGCAAACUCCACAUUUCCUACAGAUUGAAGAGGUUAUUGUAUAUUUCUAGGUUGCAAUAGUGUGAAAACGUGACCGGACAGGAAACAUACAGCAAGGCCUAAAAUACAUUUGCUUGUUUUGAGAAGCUUAACAAAGAACAAAAUGCAUGCUUUUUACCCUCAACCCUUUCCUAUGUCUUUACUCUUUAUUUUUCAGUUUCCGAGUGAGCACAUUUUAUUUACUCCCAAUAGACUUCAAACAUUAUGGAACAUUUUUUUAUAGGUGUUGAUACUGUAGUAUUUAAGCGUUUAAUUCCGUCUUUGAUUGAAUAUUUUGCCACUCUGAGUAGUUGUAUGUGCAGGUUUUCUUUUUGUAUCCCUUUGUGAUUGCUGUUCAUUGAGUCAAGUAGUUAAAUCCAGAUGUCAAACUCAUUUAUUUUUUUCUACCUGAAAUUGGAAAUCUGAUAAUGACCUGUUACCCGUCUUCUUGUCUUUAUACAAUAAAUGCAAUUGUAUACGCCUGGA